AUGCUAAAUAUUACUGGACUACCGGCAAUACUAAAAUAUGGAAAUUCACUACCAGAUCAUACUGAUAGUUCAACGUGUAUAUUACAGUAUAAUAUUGGGAUUUUUUUCUAUUUUCAAUAUCUAAUAUUACCAGCUGUACUGGAAUUUUAUCUAUGGUGGGCUUUAUUCAACAAGGAUAAUAAAAUUGAAGAAAAAUGCUUAAUUCCGAUGUCAUUAACGGUUUGGAUAUUGGGUUUUGGUUUUCAAAUGAUUCGGUUAUUUCAAAGGCGAAAUGAACAGAACUGGGGUCUUGUUGCGAAUCGAUUAUUUUGUAAACCAAGCCCAUCAAAUAUUGAAUUUUAUGGUUGGCUAAUUCUGCAAAUUAUCAUAGUGAUUAGUAUGGGUCUAUUAGCAAUACAUUCAACAAUAUUAUUAUUUUCUAAUUGGCGACAAUAUUCUCGAAAACAAAGUCGGGGUAACGCAAUGAAAUUCGAGCAAACAAUUCGACUUUGCACUUCGAGCUUUUUGUAUGCGACAUUCAUUUUCAGCAUUAUCAUAUUUGAAAAUAAUGAAACUGAUUUAAAUAAAAUAACGGGAUCACAAUUUAUGAUUGGUGCCAGCGGCAUCUGUAUUUUCCUGAUGUUUGCGUUAACAAGAUCAGCUGCUCAGAUUUUUCCGUGUUGCUACUAUGCCUCUUUAGGCUCGCACAAAUCGAACGUAAAAACGAACAUUAAAUAUUAUAGUCCGACAGUCGACAAAGAUAGUGAUUCUUUUCGCCCACCGACAACAAAUUUUGGAGAACACUACUACGAAUUACAUUCAAUAGAUAGUCGACUUAAUAAUAUAAACCGUGACUUCAUUAGCAAGCCGAAAGAAAGUUACUCGAAUCAGAACCAAAAUGAAAGUAGUGGUCAUGAUAGUGUUCUCAGAUUCAUUUCUGCAUACGAGUAUGAUUUGAAGCUGUCAACAAUAGUUGCUCCUUCAACUAGUAAUGUCUAG